UUUCCAAUAUUGUGACCCCCAUCACAUCUAAACAUACAACAUAGUAAACAUAACCUAGAAUUCCAACUGAUUCUCACAAUAUCUACAAAACGAUUAAAAAUAUUGACAAAACAAACACAUUUUGCACAAUCAUAUAAUCAUGAAACCUGCAGUUGUUGCCGACGAAAUGUUCCCCGAGGGAGCGGGGCCAUACAUGGACCUAGAAGAAGCUGGUGGAUCCAGUGGAUUGUUGAUGGACCUGGCUGCUAAUGAGAAGUUUGUUCAUGCAGACUUUUAUAAUGACUUUGAUGAUUUAUAUGAUGACGAUGAUUGCCAAUAAAUAUGAAGAAAGCAAAUAAAUUAUAACAUUAGGCACUCAUGGAAAAGUGCAGGUAAUUAUUUAUAUACUUGACUAUUUGGCUUAAUAAAACCAAUCGAAUGUGAA